UUGAAGUAUGAGUAGUGCAGAGGAACAAAAUAGUGACACCGGCAGCGACAGCAGCUCUGUGUUCGAUCUGAAGUGUUUAGGAGGAGCUGCAGCCGCAUAUGCGGAGCUUCGCGGCAUUCAUCGUCCUGGACGGAACCCGCCAGUUGAUCUGCCAUGCCUGACCGGACGGCAAUGGGUUGAGCUGAACCUCCGGGAUAGGCGGCGGUGCUUCGAUAAUUUUCGUAUGUAUCCCGACACGUUCCUUCAGUUGCAUGACAUGUUGGUUAGCAAGCAUGGGUUGAAAACGUCGCAAGGGGUAGAAUCUGUUGAGGCUUUAGCUAUGUUCGUGUGGGUGUGUGCGACGCAGCAGGCUUGCUGUCAAAUUAGAGAAAGAUUUGACCGGAGUUUGGACACAGUUAGUAGGAAGAUGGCGCAUGUGGCAAAUGUAAUGUAUUCGUUUGCCCAGGAAGUCAUCGCUCCAAAGGAUCCCGCGUACUCUAAGGUGAAUCAUAAGUUGACCCAAUAUGCACCGUUCUUUGAUGGGUGCAUAGGUGCUCUAGACGGUACGCACAUUCCAGUAUUGGUCGGGCGUGAGUCCUGUGUGGAUUUUCUAAACAGAAAAGGGUGGACGAGCUUCAACGUGUUAGCCAUAUGCGAUAUGGACAUGCGCUUCACGUAUGUAGGAGCGGGGAUGGCAGGAUCGUGUCACGACAUGGCGGUUUUACGUGACUGUAUGGCGGCAAGGACCUACCCACAUCCACCUGCAGGCCGAUAUUAUUUGGUCGACUCGGGCUACGCAGUUCGAGAAGGGUAUCUGGGGCCGUAUAGGAAUACUAGGUAUCACCUGGAGGAGUUUAGCAGAAGGGCGGCGGACACAUUGGAGGAGAAAUUCAACUUUCACCAUUCCAGUCUUCGCAAUGUGGUGGAACGCGCAUUUGGCGUGCUGAAAUUCAGGUGGCACAUUCUGCGGGAAGUUCCACUAUAUUCUUGAGAACGGCAAACGAAGCUUGUUAUUGCUUGCUUUGCGCUCCAUAAUUAUUUGCUGGACCUUGCCAAUGAAAGUACUGCAGGUUCGUCAAGGGCGCGAGAUCCGGACUAUGGGGUGUCCGAAUGGGUGGCAGCUAAUGGUACUCCUAAUAUGGCCAAUGUACGAGAUUGGAUUGCGGCGGGAAUCUCUUUGAUGUAAAUGCUGGGUGUACGUUCAUGUUGUAAUUUGUAUGUAACAAAUUGUAGUAGUUUGUGUGUACGUUCGUACCCUCCAGUGUGUUGUUUAUGUUUGCCGGACAAAAAUUUAAAUGUUGU